GGUUUCCUUCUGAAAUGGGCCCUGGCACAAUGGGGCUGCCAACGCCUGAAACGUUCUGCUCUGCUGCAUAAUCAGAAUGAAAACUCAACAAAUACGUUAAGAUAUUUCCAGAAAGUGCCUCGAGGAAGCUUCCUUAUGUAGAAAAAGCCCACAAGAAACACAGUGUGUGCUUCCUGGCAGCUCGUGAAGCAAAGCUGUCACAAUGGCAGAGAACAAGGACAGCAGCGCGAAAAACGCAGAUGUGAGGCCCAAAAGCAGCCGGAGCAGGAGUGCAGACAGAAAGGAUGGAUAUGUCUGGAGUGGGAAAAAGCUCUCCUGGUCCAAGAAAAGUGAGCAUUGCCCUGAUGCUGAAACAGCAAAUGCUGCAGGAAGGUCGGGGACUAAUUUAAGGAGCCAAGAGAGGAAGUACAGCUGCUCGUCCAUCGAGCUGGAUCUAGACAGGUCCUGUGGGCACAGGUUUUUGGGGCGCUCUCUCAAGCAGAAGCUGCAGGAUGCUGUGGGUCAGUGCUUUCCCAUAAAGAACUGCAGCAGCCGGCACGCCUCAGGACUGCCAUCCAAAAGGAAGAUCCAUAUCAGUGAGCUGAUGCUGGAUAAGUGUCCUUUCCCUCCUCGCUCAGAGCUGGCUUUCCGCUGGCACUUGAUCAAAAGGCACACGGCCCCUAUAAGUCCAAAGGCAGAAGAAUGGAUAAUUGCAGAUUUAUCCCAGCACGAGGAAAGGGAGGACCAGCUGCGAGACGAGGAGAUUGCCAAUGGGGGGAUGGACUCUCCCUCCCAGUCCUGUGACUUCACUGACAGCAGCUCCUCUCGGGGGGACCCGAGGCCCGAGCUGGUGACAGGUAAGGUGGCAAGGAGCAGCAGGGAUGAGAGUGACAUGGACUCCGAUGAUGAAGUCAUAACCCUGUGCACAAGCUCUCGGAAACGAAACAAGCCCAAGUGGGAAACGGAUGACGAGCUGCUGCGGAUGGAAACGCCCCCGAAAUACCACACCCAGAUUGAUUAUGUCCACUGCCUAGUGCCAGACCUCCUCCAGAUCAAUAACAACCCCUGCUACUGGGGAGUCAUGGAUAAAUACGCCGCCGAGGCGCUGCUGGAAGGGAAGCCAGAGGGAACGUUCCUGUUGCGAGACUCUGCCCAGGAGGACUAUUUGUUCUCCGUCAGCUUCCGCCGCUACAGCCGCUCCCUCCACGCCCGGAUAGAGCAGUGGAAUCACAACUUCAGCUUUGAUGCCCAUGACCCCUGUGUCUUCCAUUCUCCUGACAUCACGGGGCUCCUAGAACACUACAAAGAUCCGAGCUCCUGUAUGUUCUUUGAACCACUUUUAUCCACUCCCCUGAACAGGACCUUUCCCUUCUCUCUCCAGCAUAUAUGUAGAACGGUCAUUUGCAACUGUACAACUUAUGAUGGUAUCGAUGCACUUCCCAUUCCUCCCUCGGUGAAGCUGUAUCUCAAGGAAUAUCAUUAUAAGUCAAAAGUUAGAGUGCUCAGGAUUGAUGUACCAGAGCAGCAAAGCUAGAAAAUAUUUUUGUGAAAGAAAUUUUCUCCCAACAGACAAUAGUAUGUUCAAUCUCUUUUCCUUCUAGGUUUUUUUUUUUAAUAGCGACUUGAUUAUUUUUUCUUUUUCUGGAUAUUAUUUACCACCCAAACUAGUCUCUGUUUAAAUGUACUUUUGAGUCUGCACAGCUCUCUUUUUUAGAAAUUAUAUUCAUUGUGGGCUUUUGGUACUGUCCCUAGGCUAGAGUUUUAUGGAAUUCCAGGUAGGCUUUCUGGUAUUUCUAUAGAUGGAUAGACAUUAGAUCUAAAACCCCCUGAAAAUCAGUUUUGAACUUGAUCUGUCUUUUCUAUUGUAGUUGACACGUGUUGCUGACAUGAUUGAAAUAAUGCACUGUUAACUAAAGAUUGACUCAUCUGUAUUUUCUGCAUUUCUUUUAAAAUGAGUGCUCUAGCCUC